AUGACUAAUGUACUUAAACCAUUCGACAUCGAUGAAGAAGAUGAGCGAACACGUCAUUUACAACGCUUACGACAACCAUUAAAUCAAUCACAACAAAUAAAUCUAUUAAUCAACAACCAACAGCAGCAGCAACAACACUUAGAUCAAUCACAAGAAAAAUUAGAUCAAUCACAGCAACAAUUAGAUCAAUCACAACAACAAAUAAAUCUAUUAAUCAACAACCAACUGCAGCAGCAACAACAAUCAAAUAUCUUACUCGGCAACCAACAACAGCAACAACAUCAAUUAAAUAUCUUAAGCCUGAGCCAGAGAUGGUACCGGUUACCGGCCGGUCUAGAUUUUGGGUCUACCGUUAAAUCACUUGAAUAUGUUAUGAAAUUUCUCAAACGAGAUGAACAACAAUGUUUAAAUGCUCGACAAGAAGCUACAAACGUUCUGAUGGAUAUUGAUUAUUUGAAUGUUCUACAAACAUUUGAAAGUCUUUUACUCAGUGCAGUCAGUGAUAAAUCGCAUCAAGAUUGUACUGAUCGUGAUAUCCUUGCAUCAUGUUUAAAAUUUGUCUGGGAAUCUUAUAAACAAUGUUUAGGUUUAUUAAAAACUAAUAAUCAUGUUGAAAAAAAUCUAUCAAGAAGUAGCAAAAAUCGGUUUCCAUUUUUGUUAACAAUAUAA